AUGGAAUCUUAUAUUUAUAAAGCAGGCCAAGUAAUAUCUUCUUCAGUUAAAACAGCAGCAGCAACUACUCUAAGCAUUUCUCUAGUUGUUUCAAUUCUAUCUACAUUUUCUGUAGGAUUUCUUGACCUGCAAGCGACAUGGGGUAUGAUCGAAACUAUGCAGCUCCAAAAUUAUUUGAUAUACCUAUCACCGAAAUACCCUGAUAAUUUCAUAUCAUAUCUAAAAGCACUUGGAAUGGCAAAUGGGAGAUUCUUGCCAAAUCCUUUUGAGAGAUAUUUAGUCAAAACUGACCCUUUUCCAGACCCUCCACAAAAUUUUGUUGAUGAAAAUUUAAAUACAGACUUUCUUAUGAACUAUGGGCAGUUUCUAUUGGUUUGAACUGCUAUUUUAAUAGGAUUGCUUAUUUCUUUGAUAUUAUUUAAAUUAAGUCCAAGCGUUUCAAUAAUAGAUCCCUUAAAAAAUUAUUUUUAUUUUCAAUUCUCCUUAGAAUUGGAAUUGAGUCCUUCCUGGAAACUACACUUUCAAUUUUUCUCCAAUUAA